CCAAGGGUCAUUUCGGAUUUCGGUCACUACUAAACCGAGCGCUUGUUAGAAUGGUCAUAUAUUUUACAUACGGGUUGCUGUUUGCAUGCAUGGCAUUUCCUGGAAUCUUACUUGGAAAUUUAGCUUUCCGAUGUCCGAGUUGCACCGCUGAGCACUUGGCUACGUGCCCCAAAGUCACAGCCGAAUGUGUAGAAAUAGUGAGGGAGCCGGGCUGUGGUUGCUGUCCCAUGUGUGCCAGAUUGGAGGGGCAGCUCUGCGGGGUUUACACGCCGAGGUGCUCCAGUGGCCUGAGGUGCUACCCAAGCACAGGGGCUGAAUUCCCUUUGCAGCAGCUCAUCCAGGGUUUAGGUCGAUGUGGGCAAAAAGUGGAAUUAGACGUAUCGACAAGUCUGGAUCACCAAGCAACAAAUGAGGUGCAUGGGACGGAGAAUCCACUCACCAAGAGACCUGCCAUUGAUUCUUGGCUUUGGCAAGAGUCUGCCAGGAAGCAGCACUUGAACGAGCGCAAAACCAAGAUGAAGACAAACCAACUGGAGGACCCACGGACCCCCAAAAUGCCUCAGGGUGUCUGUGAGCAGGAGCUGGACCAUGCCUUAGAGGAGAUCUCCAAAAUGACCUCUGAGGAUAACAGAGGCCCACUGGAGAACCUGUACGGGCUCAAAUUUCCAAACUGUGAGAGACAUGGAUUGUACAACCUCAAACAGUGCAACAUGUCCACCCACGGCCAGCGGGGCGAGUGCUGGUGCGUUAACCCCUUAACUGGGGUCCAGAUACCAGCGUCACCUAAAGUCAGAGGGGACCCCAACUGUAACCAGUUUCAAGAGGAGUUCAGAGAAAUGCCCACUGCAGCCACAUCACUCUAGCACAGCUCAGCAAACAUCGGGACAGAUUUGGGUUUUCUUCCAACUUCUAUUGAUUGGAUGGUUCUAUCAACAUGUAAAAAAAAAAGGGAAUGACAAUUAGUCCAUCUAUCAAUGACUAGUGACUUCCCUACUUUGUCUGCGGGACUCUGACCCAAUCCCAUUCAUUCUAUACCAAAAAUGUACACUUAAAAAAAAAAAAGAGGAACAAAUAUAAAGUGUCAUUUCUCAUUAAAUGUUCAGUGGCUUGAUGUAGCCUUGUUUUCAUGAUUCUUUGCAAGUAGAUAAUUAAAGGUUUUAUCAAACCCA